GCACAAGCCAGUUGAAAAGAGUUCCCAGUGAUAUCUGGUACAAGCUACAGCAGAGAAAUCAGUGCAAAGGACCCAGCCGCAGAGAACAAGCCACUUCUCUGCCUUCUGAAUUUUCCAGAUGUACCAUGGGAUCGCUUCUUCCUCAUACAUGAUAGUAGAAUCCAUCCCUCUGGGAUCUGCAGUGAAGGAUAGAAUUCACGUGAAGGGUUUAUAAACGAAAUAUGAUGGGGCAUGUACUUUUGGUCUUCCUAUCUACCUUCCUCUCGGUUUCCAUGACAUCUGAAACAUUUGAUGCAAUGGAAGGUGAGGCUUUAGUUAUAAAAUGUCCACGAUGGAGUUCAUCUGCAAAAGUCACCUGGUAUCACACAGAUACUUACAAAAUAAUUCCAGCAGAAGAAGAAGGAUCACGAAUAUUUUCCUUAAAACAAUUUCUUUGGUUUCUGCCAACUUCUAGAGAAGAUUCUGGAAACUACACUUGUGUUACACUUUUUUCAAAUAAUCGCACAAAGUCAUACAACAUGAGUGUGCAAUUGCAUCCACACAAGCAAGGAGUAUGUUUCCCAAGUCAGAUUCGCUACCCAAAUGACACUGGAAGAGGAAAAAUUGUUUGUCCUACAAUUGACAAUUAUAAGAAUGCUACUAUCAUCCAGUGGUAUAAGGACUGCAAACCUCUUCAGGAAGAGAGAUACUACAAGAGAGAAAAAUAUAUUUUUAUUAACAACCCAGUAAAGGAGGAUGAUGGUUAUUAUACUUGUCAAUUUAUUUACACUUAUAAAGGAAAUGUGUUUAAUGUAUCAGCAACAAGGAUUUUCGUAAGUGAGGCAAAACACUCCCCUCUACCUCCUCAAAUUUUGUUUCCAAAAGACAAAGAUGUAAUAGAAGUGGAGCUUGGUGCUGCUUUGUCUCUGAAAUGUCAGGCCCGCCUGGGGAUUAAGGUACAGCCGAUAGCUGUUGUCACGUGGGAUGUGGAUAACAUCCCGGUGAAAAACUCAGAGUUUUCAAGAUUUCAUGAAAAGACUCAUUUUUAUCAAGGACGUGAGCAAGAAUAUUAUAGAGAGACCACUUUGCAUAUUACUGAGGUAAAAAAGGAGGAUCUUCAGGCAAAUUUCACGUGUGUAGCGAUGAACGAAAUGCACAACACAAGGGCCACAGUGACAUUACAACUCAAAGCACAACCUGAGGUGGGGCUUCCCAACGUCCUCUUGAUCACAGGAUCUCUAGUUCUGCUAGUUGCAAUAGCAGUUUCUGUUAUACUUUAUCAGUCCUUCCGAGUUGAUAUUGUCCUAUUGUAUCGGGAGAUAUUUCAGCCCCGCUCAGUCAAGGAUGAUGGGAAGAUAUAUGAUGCAUAUGUCAUCUACCCUAGAAGCCAGACCAACGAAGCUAAUUUUGUGGAAUAUUUUGUUUACCAAAUCAUGCCAGAUAUUCUAGAAAAUAAAUGUGGAUAUAAACUGUGUAUUUAUGGGAGAGAUAUAUAUCCUGGAGAAGAUACAGCCAGUGCAAUUGAGAAGAGGAUGCAGAAGAGCAGACGGCUGAUCAUCCUUCUAACACACCAGCUGAUUAAUUGUAAAGAACCUGCUUACGAUCAGCACAUUGCUUUAUACAAUGCCCUCAUCCAAAAUGAUACAAAGGUGAUCCUGCUGGAAAUGGAGACCAUUGGGACUUAUGACAAGCUUCAGGAAUCUCUUAGGUUUAUUAUUAAGCGGCAAGGUACUGUCAAAUGGAAAGAGCAGCACACUGUGCACCCACAGUCGUCCAAUUCUAAGUUCUGGAAGCAGGUGAGGUACCACAUGCCACUGACACUCAAGUCCUCAUACUCAGCUAAUGCCGGGUGAACAGUGAGUCUGAGAAAAUACCGGUACGCUAUCAGGAUGAACCGCACGCCCACAGCUCCUUUUCCUUUCAGUAGGUACACGAUUUUACAGACGGGAAGGCUGGUUGUAUUUUUUUCACUUUUUUCAGUCCUUCAGUUGAAUAAUGAUAAGGAAAAUUGAUGGAGGGGGUCUGGGGAACUGAGAGAAGUUUUUAUGGGUAUGGGAGUUGUGUAAAUAAAUCAUUCUAGGCUGUGUACAGGAUUUUGCAUGUCACAGGAAAGAAAAUGUACCUAUACUCUUUCUAUAUAUACUCAUACAUAAAACUGAAAGUUUUGAUUCUGAAUAGCUGAAUGUUCUGCAGGUUUGCUUUACCUUUCUAAUGCAGUUGAUCAAACAUAAAUGCCUCCUGUAUUAUUCAACUGGAAAGUAUCAUGUAUAUUAUUCAACUAGAAAGUAUAGUGUUGUGCUUUUGUUAUUUUUUUUUCACCACUUUUUGAUUCAAUAGUAAUACUCAUACCAUGAAAUUUUAUUUUUCCUUAGUAGGGAUGCCUCAGUAAAGGCUCUUUUGAGACUGAUGUGAAUACAGCAUUUAAAAAAAAAGCAGUGUUAAGGGAAAAAAAUAAACUGAUACAUAUUAAUAUGCAUUUUUUAUAUUUUAUACAUAUAUUAAAAUGAAUCUCACAGAAAGGGGAAAUUUUAAAUCUUUGAGGUACAACAGACCAUGCUGUUACUGUUGUUACUAUCUCCAGAUAGAAAUAACAUUUUAAAAUUCAGGGUGGUUUUUUGUACACUGAUAGCAUUCCUUUAAGCUACUGAAAAAACGAGACUGCAUUUUUAUAACAUGCAAUAUCCACUUUUUUUUCCCCUUGCUUUGACCAUAUGCCUAGUUAUAAUUUCUUCUGAUAGGGAAUACCCUGAGAAGCAAAGGUCAGAGCCAAAUCUCCUCCUAAUUCAGGGGUGUAUGAACAAAAUGUGUUCUAGCACAGAUAUUCUUGCAAACUUUAAUCUUUUCAGCUUUUGAAACCCACAAAUUUUCUUACUGUCAGAGAAGACUUGGUUUUGAGCUUCAGGCUUGCUACAGAAUGGACUUAAAAAGUGAAAAUUCGAUGCAGAACACCUAAUGUUACCAAGUCCAGGCUUACAGAACAGGCAAGUCUCUCUCCUUUUACUGUAAGUUUUUAUUGAAUGUGGAUCUUCAGAAUUAUGGAUAGCUAUUUCGAGUAGGAAAAAUGUGUAUGCAAUAUAUGUAUAGAUUUUUUCAACAUUAAAUUAAAAGA